CACACUCCGGCACUGCGGGGCCCCGAACAAAGAACCUUUCAGGCCAGAUGGGCUUCUGCUGCUGCCACGUCAGGCCUGAAAGGAGCUGCUGUGUGUGAAGCCCUUCCUGCCCCGCCCCACCUCGGCACGCCUCGCCUCGAUAGGGUAAAGUGACAGAGUCCCCGAGUUCCACAGAGCACAAAACCAAACUCCAGCUGAGUGGGAGUGGGAGUGGGAGCGGAUCUUCAGUUCUUACACAUGCACAGAGCGGAACGAUAAACGUCAGGUAUGAACCUCUGAAGCUCAUCUGUCCACAGAGAAGCCGAACGUCAUGUGUGCUGGUAGUCAUGGUGCACGGCUCGGACCUGCGACUGUUCGUCCUGGCGCUCGUCUUCACGUUCACGAUGCUUGCGCUCAGUCCGUUGAGCCUCCCGGUCCCGGAGCCGGACGUUUCCGCUCGGACCGCCGGGCGCACCGAAUUACGUAACGUCACCCUGCUGGUGUGGUGGCUCCCGUUCGGGAACGGGCUUCAGCGUACAGACUGCGCGGCGAGCUACGGCGUACCGGGCUGUUCGGUGACGGCGGACAGGCGUGAAUACGAGCGCGCCGACGCCGUCAUCAUGCACCACCGCGAGCUGGCGGCGAAACGGAGCGACCUGCCGACGGGGGUGCGGCCGGCGGCGCAGAAGUGGAUCUGGAUGAACUUCGAGUCGCCGUCUCACUCCGGGUUCUUGUACGAGUUUGACGGAAUGUUUAAUCUCACCAUGUCGUACCGGCCGGGCUCCGACAUCUUCCUGCCGUACGGUUACCUGAACCGGCGGCGCAGUGCCGGGCAGGUCCGCGUGAACCGUAAACGUGGACUGGUGGCGUGGGUGAUCAGUAACUGGCGCCCAGAGCAGGACCGGGUUCAGUUUUACCUCCGACUGCGGCGCUUCCUUCCCGUGGAUCUGUACGGGCGGCGUUUCCGGCCUCUGCUGAACGACAGCGUGGUGCGGACCGUCUCCGCUUACAAGUUCUACCUGGCCUUCGAGAACUCCAUCCACCUGGAUUACAUCACGGAGAAGCUCUGGCACAACGCGCUGGCCGCCGGAGCCGUUCCCGUGGUGCUCGGACCGCCGCGUGAGAACUACGAGCGCUUCCUGCCCGCCGACGCCUUCAUCCACGUCCAGGACUUCAAAGGGCCGCGUGAGCUGGCCGCGUACCUCAAACACCUGGACCGAAACCCCGCCCGGUACCGCCGUUACCUGGAGUGGAGGCGGGACUACAGCGUGCAUGUGACCACGUUCUGGGAGGAGCAUUACUGCACCGCGUGCCAGGCCGUCCGAGCCUGUCGCCACGUCAACAACACCGUCACGGACCUGAAGUUCUGGUUCCAGUCCUGAGUCUGAUGGUUUAUUUAUGUUAAUAAAGAUCAGUG